AUGGCAACCCGCAAGGUCCGCUUCGAUUUCAAUUGCGAGCGCACCCUGACCUUCCACCACGACCUGCCGGCGCGCCUCAUAGGCGCGUCAUCCGGCGCGGAUCCAGAUUAUCGCCAACUCUACAUAAGCGCUCUGGCGCCCGUCAUGCAGCAGCACGCGGACGAGUGCAUCGCGGCCUCGCAGGCCAAGUGCGGCGUCUGUGAGCGCGCGCCCACCAGACAGGUCCUCACCACCCCCAUGUCGUACCUGCACUUGGCCGAGGACCCCUUUGUCGCCGUCCUGGUCACGCCCGUCUGCGAGAAGGAAAAGUGCAAUACCGACGGUCAGAGGCAGAUUAAUGACAUGUUGACUGAGAUCACAGGGUUGGUUCCAAGUCAGGUCGAUCAGAACCCGACGGGUAUCCCCAAGGCGAGCGCCGGUAUUGCCAAGAACGCCACUUGUCCGUGCGGAAGCAGCCGGAAGUACAAGAAGUGCUGCGGUGCUGCCGCGGAGGCGGGUGGUAAUUGA